CGAAACUCCCAACUCCCACUCAUCUCCGUCUCUCUCUCUCCCUCCACUGUCCGGAGAUGGGACGCUGCAUUUCCACCGCCGAUCUGCAACUUCCCAAUCCGUGCGACGAGACCUCCAUUGAAAUGUGAGAGAUCGCCCUACAGGCGCUGGUUCCAUGGACUCCUCAAAUCUGCAGUCCAGAGCUUCGUCUUCAUCUUCGCACAUCCCUCCUCACCGCACUCAGCUCCACCCUCGCAUGCACUCCUUCCCUCCUCCCUUCCCUCCCCAGCCUCACCCCAAGUCUCGCCCCAGGUUCCUCGUCCUCGCGGCCUCCCUGUGCAUCGCCCCCUUCCUCUACUACAUCUUCACCACCGCCCUUAGCAUCCACAACUCCUCCAAGUUCGCCGAUCCGAACCCCAGGUUCCGCGGCCUCGUCAUCGACGCCGCCCCCUCCGGCUCCCGCAUCCGCGUCUUCGAGUUCUUCAACGAGGGGGCGUUCCCGUCCGUGGCGGCCGUCGACGGAUCGGGGAACGAGUCCAUGAAGGUCCGGCCCGGGUUGGCGGGUUUCGCGGAUGACCCGGAGGGCGCGGGCCGGUCGAUCUCCGAGCUGAUCGAGUUUGCCAAGCGGCGGGUGCGGAAGAAGGACAGGGCGAGGACUAAAGCUGUCUUGGCGGUGAGCGGGGGUUUGGAGGGGUUGAGUUUGGGGGUGAGAGGGCGGAUAGUGGAGUCGUGUAGGCGAGUUCUGAGGAAGUCUGGAUUCAUGUUUAGAGAUGAGUGGGCGCAAGUGAUCACAGGGGAAGAUGAAGGGAUUUUUGCUUGGGUUGCUGUAAAUUACAUUCUUGGCUCCUUGGGAAGUGAAUCUGAAGAUACCACCGGGACAGUUGAACUCGGUGGCCGUUCUUUGGAGGUUACAUUUGCUCCUAGAGAAACAACUCAAAUACAAACUUCCCGAGUUGUCAAAUUGGGUGGAACUACCUACAAUCUCUACACGCUAAGCUUGCAACAAUUUGGUCAGGAUGAUGCUUGGCGAUCUUAUAAUGAACUUCACAGUCCUAGGGAGCGGAGAACUGCUUCAAGUUCAAAUGAUAAACAUGUUAUGAACCCGUGCCUUCCCAAAGGAUAUGGGGUGACAUCAAAAGUGAGAGAUACAAAGUCUCUUGCAUCAUAUCCUGCUGGAAACUAUUCCGCCUGCAAAAAUGAUGCCUUGGCACUUUUGAGAACAAGAAAAGAUAAAUGCUCUCACCCACCCUGCAAAUUUCUCCUUUCUUCUGUUGGGAAUCUGCAGGGCAGUGCAAUUCCACUGGAAAGAUUCUAUUAUACAUCUGAGUUUUUUGGGAUGUUCUCUAGGGAGGGUUUGCUUGACUUGAGGCUAGCUGGUGACCGUUAUUGUGGUGAUGAUGAUUGGGACAAAUUGAGCAACAAGCGAAAUAGCAUGGAAGACCUGGAUUUGUCCAGAUAUUGUUUCUCUUCAGCUUAUGUUGUGGCUCUACUGCAUGACAGUCUCGGAAUUCCAUUUGAUGAAAAAAGGGUUCAUUCUGCAAAUAGAACUGGAAGCAUUCCAGUUGACUGGACUCUCGGAGCUUAUGCGGUCCUGACAAUGCAGGACACUGUUGCAUAUGAAUCCGAUAACUUCGGGGAAAUUGUUGGAAAUGAGUCGGUCACGUACUUUUCAUUAUUUGCUGUACUUUUGAUAGUUGUACUUGCCGCAUUUCUCGUUUCGCAAUGGCAAAAACCACAGUUAAAGACAAUAUAUGAUCUGGAGAAGGGACGCUAUAUAGUAACACGCGUGCCUAGGUAACUAGUUAGUCUUUUUUAUUUCUCAAGUCUGUACAUUCUUAUGGAGGGAUUGAUCAAGAGAGGACAUAAGCAGAGCAGGGUGCUGCGUCGAACAAUGCAUCGGAAAUUGCUACCGGGGACAAAGCAGAAAGUUCGUCCAAAGUCAGAAAAAAAUAUAAGGAUCUGCACUCAUUUAUUGGUGUCAGCCCGAUUUUGUGAUUAUGAACGAGUAUAUAUAAAAGUUUUUGCUUCAAUUCCUUGCUCCUCUCUCUCUCUCUCU